GACUCGGCACAGUGCCCAGCGGAAGCAGCGCAAGACCGACGCCAGCGCAUACGUGGCGCUGAUCCGUAUAUGUGUGUGCGUGUUGGUGUGCGUGAUUGUGUGUAACACAUAGCUUUCCCGUCGUAGUCUGUCUGCCUGAACAGCUACCGAUUGAACAUUAAGGGCUAGGAGAAACAGCCGUGUGUUUGCGAUUACUGUGUGCAUCAGUCGUGUUCGUCGUGAUUGAAAUAAGCGCGUCGCGCAACACUCGGACAAGUGAACAUUGCUGAUCUGCCGCUGCGAUGACGUCAUCGGCAGACGACACGCUCGUCAUCGGAUCCGACUCGUUCUGGGAGGUCGGUCAGUACCGGCGGACGGUCAAGAGAGUGGACGACGGUUACGCGUUGUCCAAGGAGUUGAUUCAGAUGAUCAAGGACAGGUGUGACAUUGAGACGAAGUACGCGCACAUGCUGAAGAAGCACUCCGAGGAAUGGCGCAAGAAACUGGACAGCGGUCCUGUGUAUGGCACAUUGAAGUCUGCAUGGGUGGGGGCACUGAGUGAAGCUGACCAGGAGCACGACGUUCACAUGGAGGUGAAGGAUCGACUCAUCGAGCAAGUGACGUCGCACAUCAAGCAGUGGCAGAAGGAGAAUUACAACAAGCUGACGCUGCCGCGCGGAUACCAGACGAAGCAGGCCAAGGAGUCCGACGACAACUUCCGGCGGGCGCAGAAGCCGUGGGCGAAGCUGUACGAGAAGGUGAACAAAGCGAAGGCAGACUACCACAAGGCCUGUCGCAACGAGCGAUCGGCCAUCCACCAGGAGCAGAACUCGCGCAACGACUCGGGCAAGAGCGAGGACGAUAAACACAAAGCCAAGGAGCGGGUGGAGAAGUGUCGGGACGAGCGAGAGAAGACUAAAGAUCGUUACGAGCAGGUGCUGAACGAAAUCAACAACUACAACUCCAAGUACAUGGACGACAUGAGAGAGGUAUUCGAAACAUGCCAGGAAAUGGAGAAAAAACGACUGGAAUUCUUCAAAGAAGCACUGUUUGGUGUUCACAGCUCCCUCGACCUACCAGAGAACCCAAAGCUCAAGCAGAUAUAUGCCAACAUGAACGAGUGCAUCGCCAGUGCGGACAGCAGGCAGGACCUGAAGUAUUGGUCAGACGGUCACGGUGUCAGCAUGCCGAUGCACUGGCCCCAGUUUGAGGAGUACAGCGAGGACCUGCACAGCAUCGUCAGCGGGACGGCCGAGCAGAUGACGGUGAUGCGCAAGGGCGCCGUGGCAACCGCAAACACCAUCAAACUCACCAACAUUAACAUGAGGCGCUACGAGGAUGAAUUCAAAGACUACAAUCCAGACGGCAAUGUGCUGUCGAAGAAGGAGAAGAGGGCAGUGGCGUCCUCUGGUGGCGACGGAGUGAUGCUGACAAGCGUGCGCUCGGACAAGAGCCAGCAUGCGGUGGUGCACUCGCGCAGCUCUACCUCGAGUGCCAGUGCUGGCUCAGCGUCAUCGCCACCGCUCACGAACGGCAGCGGUAACGAGCCGAGCGCGUUCGCGCAGGACGACGACUGGACGGACGACGCAAUGCUGGACGACGGCCGAGAGGGCACGCCCGUCAGAGCCCUCUAUGACUACGAUGGAGCCGAGGAUGACGAAUUGACCUUCAAACAGGGAGACGUGUUUGAAAAGCUUGAGGAUGAAGAUGAACAAGGCUGGUGCAAGGGCAGACUGAACGGACGUGUGGGAUUGUACCCAGCCAACUACGUGCAACCUGUUUAGCCGAGUAGGUUGACCUGCAAUAAGUGAGACUGCUUGCUUCUGUGAAGUGGCCACUGCACGCAGCGUUUUGUAGCGUGCCGGACAUUCAUUCAAUCUUUCACCUCCGACCUCUCAACUUUGCCCUCUAGCCCCAAGCACCGAAUCGUCACGGAGAUGGGAUUUCGGUAUCACCGGCGACGGAAUCGAUUCGGUCUAGGUCGUCGAUUAAUUGCAUGACUCGCUCACAGAGGGCGCUCUGUCGUGCCACACCGAUGGCAGGUUGAGAUUACGUAGCUCGCGGUGCUUUUCGAAAUGUGUGCAGGUUUCGACAACACCGUCACUAAUGGAGUGAUGUCAUGCACGGUGUCCGCAUUGAGUCCAAGUAGAGGUGAACACCUUUCCAAGGGGUAGGCAUCCCGCGUUGAUGACGGGAAUGCGCUUGUGCCCGUUUUCUGGUCUCUGCUGCCGGUCCCAUAGCCUCAUUAGCUAAAUAUUGACGUACAUCGUGAAUACAGGAAAUAAGAGUACCUGACAUGUAACUGUUGUGUAGAUAUUCGAGAUGUAAUCGAUCAACGAAUUGUUUAUGUUUGUUGUUGAGAAGUGCUGGUACUGCCUGAUAGUGGUUGUUAUAUAGUGUGGCCUGUGCGAUGUGUGUAUAUUUAUAUAUAUAACCAUCUCAAAUAUACCCAGUGUGAGUGAGUAUCCGAGCCUUGUUAGAAAUAACGGGUAGUUUUAGGUGGCAGCUAUCGGUGUAGGCGCACACGGUCAUGUCGUAUCACUUGCGCUAUGAAGUAUCACGCUAUAACUGAGUAACGUUGAAUAUUGUUUCACUGAAUAGCUCCAUCACUAUCCCAUGCUCCUCUGCCUCUCUGACUAGCAGAGAUAAACGCUGUGUCGCGUUUUUAUUAUAGUGUGUGUAUGAUAAGAGAGGAAUGGAGUUGUUGCACUCCAGCACGGGAAAGAAGGAAGCAGCAGGGCUAUAGGCUGAGGCCACUGACACAGGAGUGUGUGGUCGCUAUUAGCUCAAGGGCAUUAAGGGCAUGUUUGUUGUUAGAGCAUUCCCCAAUAAUCGGGUCAUAUUUUAUAAGGUCAUGGGAAGUGUUAUCAAAGUGUCAUUUGCUGAAUAGCUAUCAACGGCAAACAGCAGUUCAAUUCACUUGAGGCACGGUUGUAUUAGCAUGGAUAUAUCUAUGCAAGGUAUGUGCUGUAUGUAUAUAUCUAUAUGAUAAGGAUCUGUAUGGAAAUGUUCAUGCUAUUAUAGCUACGUUCAGUUGUAUUAUAUAAGCCACUGUCGAGAGAAAAAUUGUUAGCCGUAUUUUAGAGUUUUGCCGCUGUUCGUUAUAGGACGAGUGUUUCUAGCUUACAAAUGGGAUAGUUCUGUAUACUACCCGCGUUAAUUCUGCAUCUAAUAGGUUCUGUCUCUAGCGGGCUAGACGAGUAAGUUCUUCGUAUUGUUAAUCAUAGGUUGUCUUCUAAAAUUGUGUAUUAAUUAGAGAGAGAGAGAUAGAGAGAUAGAGACCGACAGACAUAGGGAGGGAGGAGGAAGAGACAGAGAGAGCGAUAGAAAGAAAGAAAGGUUUGACAUUCCGGUGGUGGUUGACCGCCAUCAGUCGUCUGAUUCCUGUAGGAGGUUGUGAGAAUCAUUUGCCAAUAUUUAUUAUGUUGUAUGUUUAGUAUGAAACCGGCGUCGCGACGACGAUGACGUUGAUCAAUAUAUGCAAUAUAUGCGAUGCAGAAUUUCUAGACGCCGUAAAAGAGUGUCGAUCGUGUUGCCCGCAAGAACUAGCUGCAGUAGAUAGACAGACUACCGACGUCGUCUCUCUAUCGGGAUAUAAUUAUGUGCAACCUGUAUGUGUGUGUGUGAUCCGUUAAACAUUCCAGCGCUAGAGGUAGUGUUCUUGUCGAGAUGGUUGCUAGACUGGAACGGUUGGCCGUGAUUACUGCUGCUCACGAUAAGGGCGACGGCGUACUGUGGGUGACUGACCUACGGCGGCCAUUAUGAUAUAUGAUAGCUAACGGUACAUGUAUGCGAGUUUGAUAGAUGUACAUCGGAGUUAUUGUUGAACAAUUUAUAUAGACAUUAAUAAAACGUUGGUAUUUACUAGAUAAA